AUGGCCCGCACGAAGCAGACGGCGCGCAAGUCCACGGGCGGCAAGGCCCCGCGCAAGCAGCUGGCCACCAAGGCGGCCCGCAAGAGCGCGCCGGCCACGGGCGGCGUGAAGAAGCCGCACCGCUACCGGCCCGGCACCGUCGCGCUGCGCGAGAUCCGCCGCUACCAGAAGUCCACCGAGCUGCUGAUCCGCAAGCUGCCGUUCCAGCGGCUGGUGCGCGAGAUCGCGCAGGACUUCAAGACGGACCUGCGCUUCCAGAGCUCGGCCGUGAUGGCGCUGCAGGAGGCGAGCGAGGCCUACCUGGUGGGGCUGUUCGAGGACACCAACCUGUGCGCCAUCCACGCCAAGAGGGUCACCAUCAUGCCCAAGGACAUCCAGCUGGCGCGCCGCAUCCGCGGCGAGAGGAAGUUCACUGUCAGGAAUACUCGUUUAAGAAAUUUCGCAGAUCAACUUGUGAUCCUUUUUGCCACCCUUGAGUGUGAAGGCCCAGGAGAACGUCGUUUCUGCAAUGACCUAGAGUUUGAAGACCUCAGGGUUUCACUAGUUUACCGAAAUUUGAAGCAGAAGCCAGGCAUGGCCCGCACAAAGCAGACGGCGCGCAAGUCCACGGGCGGCAAGGCCCCGCGCAAGCAGCUGGCCACCAAGGCGGCCCGCAAGAGCGCGCCGGCCACGGGCGGCGUGAAGAAGCCGCACCGCUACCGGCCCGGCACCGUGGCGCUGCGCGAGAUCCGCCGCUACCAGAAGUCCACCGAGCUGCUGAUCCGCAAGCUGCCGUUCCAGCGGCUGGUGCGCGAGAUCGCGCAGGACUUCAAGACGGACCUGCGCUUCCAGAGCUCGGCCGUGAUGGCGCUGCAGGAGGCGAGCGAGGCCUACCUGGUGGGGCUGUUCGAGGACACCAACCUGUGCGCCAUCCACGCCAAGAGGGUCACCAUCAUGCCCAAGGACAUCCAGCUGGCGCGCCGCAUCCGCGGCGAGAGGGCCUGAGCCACCUUCCCCAGGCAGCCCCAG